CUAUCUGUUAUACAAAGUUGGCAUCUGUCAUUGCAUUGGGCAUUGCCUUUGUAAAUUUACAUGGACAUUCAUUGCUUCUUGGUUCUCUUUCUGGGAGUUCUGUUUCACUUUCUUGUGCGUUAAGAUUUGUAAACUUAAGCGGGUAAACAUGGAAGAACUUGUCGAUACAAGUGAAGAAUAUGAUUCUAGACCUAGGAAGGCAAGCACCAGCAGGUCACUUUCCCGGGGAUGGAGAAGAGUUCACUUGAGGAAAUCUUUGAGGCCUAGGAACCACCGGAUUCAAGUAGGGAUUAGCAGCAGUAGACAUGGUCAUCAAGUAAGCACAGUUCAUGAUAUUAGGGUGACUCGAACAUCAAAAUUUGCCCAAAAAAGUUUAAAUUAUAGACGAACAGCAUAUCGCAGCAGGAGGUAGAUGCAACUGGCCAUGGAAUAAGGAAUGAUAAAUUCUGAGUUUAUGUUAAGCUUGGCCUGGGAAGUACAGAAUGCUUAACUGGCCAUGGAAUACAGGAAGAUAAGGUCGUGAGUUACAUGUGGUGGAAACAAGGACCAGAAUCUUGAGGUUUGCUUGGCAUGAAAGUUCCCCUAUUCUAAAGCAUGCUUCUGGCGUUGUCUCCUUCAUAUACCUUAAUGCAAAGCAACAUGUCCUCAUUGAUCAUUGAAUGGAGAACCAAGACACCAAAAAUUCAUCCAAACGGGUAACUUCCACCGAGAUAGAUCAAGUUGGCUCGGAUUUUGCCUUGGCAGCAGCAUUGCAAGAACAGGAGAGGGCUUUCACAAUGCUCGAAACAAUUGAAAGUGAUGGUGAUGAGGAAAGUGAUAUUUCUGAAGAAUUAAGCAAUGACAACGACUAUGAGUUUUUUGAGUAUGAAGGUGAACAAGAGUUCAAUGAGGGACAAUAUAGCAACGAUGAAGAAGACAUGGAGGAAGAUGACAUUGAUCCCGACGAGUUAUCAUACGAGGAGUUGAUUGCUCUAGGGGAGAUUAUAGGAGUAGAGAGGAGAGGACUUUCUCCAAAAGAGAUCUCUUCGUGCUUGCAUUUGGUGAAGUUUCGGUUUGGGGAGAGUAAAUGUGAGAUCGAUCGGUGUGUGGUAUGUCAAGUCGAGUAUGAAGAAGGAGAGACUUUGGGUGCUCUUUGUUGUGAACACCUAUAUCAUUCAGAGUGCAUAAGCAAAUGGCUUCAAAUGAAGAAGAUUUGCCCCAUUUGCGGUACUGAAAUUUCAUCCUCUAUCAAUACCAAUUUCUCUUGAUCAUUGAUCUUGUGUGCAUAUUUAUUGGGUGUUGUAAAUUAAGUGCUUGAUUAUGACUCAAGAUUUAGUAUGUCCAAUUAAAUUUGAUUGAUAAUA